AUGAACUCCUAUCAGCUUCCCCUCAUCGACGAGGAAAAUCCUUUCUACUGCCCAAGUUUCCCGGCUGCAGCAUACCUGGCUACUAUCCGGCAAACUCGUCAAUCGAAUGCUUUUCUUUUCCAAGACCUAUCCUUGCGCUCUUUUUUCUGGAAACUCGGCCUUUGUUUUGCAAAAGACGAUCAAGAUUAUACCAGUAAUGCUGCAGCUCAUCAUACUCUGGAAGCGUCUUCAUGGUCGAGCAGUCCGGACGCGCAGUCGCCAAUCCCUCUCGCGCGAAACCAGGUCUCGGAUGAUUUGCCAGAUGUGCCAGUCUUGCGACGUGGACUCGCCGGAUUGGCGUGGAGGAGAACUUCUUCACGCGUUCUGAAGCGUCUCAGAGAUUUUUCCGAGCCCGAAGACCACAUCUUUCUUGGAGGCCCGUCGAAACGAGGUCGUUCUUCACAGUCCGUUCAUACGAGCCCGGCGUCCCAAGGGUUCUUGAAGGUGUCCCUCUUUUCCUCUUCAGGAAACAUCCACAUUCGCUCCCACUUCGAGUUUUCCCUCUCUCUCAAUGCUAAACCUAUCCAUAUACUAACUAUAUGCGUCUCAGCGUGGAUCUACGAAUCUGAAACAGGAGAUGAAACGCCAGUAGAUCUUUCCUUCCUAGUAGAUCGCCUCGAAAUGGUCAUCCCGGGCACGGGCGUCUACCAGACGUUCCUAGCAGACCCUCUAGCCGUUCUGCAUCUCACCCACCAGAAAAUCGCAAACGCUCUGGCAGACCGGGGACUCCUUACCGAAACGAUUUUGACGCUCCUACGAGGUGGCAAUAUCGACAAAUUGGAUUUAGGUCCUACGAUGUGCGAGGAAGAUGGGCUGAAUCUCCAUUUAAGCAAUCCUUUGCACGUGUUCAGCAGACCUGAUUACUACUUGACGCUCAGGGAGCUGGUUCUCAAUGGCGCCCACCUCGAACGCGACUUUGACCUAGUUCACAUCCUACGGCUUCCUAACCUAGAAAGACUCCACCUCGAGGCGACUGAUGUCGGAAAUGAAGCAGUAUUCUUGCUGAUCAACCUCAAAGAGAAGCUGUGUUAUCUGAACCUCGCACACAAUCCGAAGAUCAACGACGACGCUAUACCCGCUAUCAUCUUGCUCACCAACCUCGGAUAUCUUUCGAUCCAGGCAACCGGUAUCGAUAUGCCUGGUUUCCGUCGACUCGCAGCUGUGAUCUACACCGAAGACCGCGUCAUUGAUAUUGAAAUUCCAUUCAGAUGCGAAAAAUACAUCGAUAACUUGCACAAGCAAUACCUCGUCGACCCUGCAUUGCCCCUCAUCACUGAUCCCUCUGCAUGUCAGCUGUUAUCGAAUGCCGCGCUUACUCGCAAUCUGCAAGCUCACGCUGACAUCAACCCCUCGAUUGUCCCGACGGGAACGCGUCUAGAGAUGAUUGACAGGUUGACGAAGCUCCUGGAACGAAGGCGGAUGGACCUCACGGUGCGUAGUAUGGUUUGCGGAGAGCCCGGGGAGGUCUGAGACAGAUGUGAAAGUUAGUGUGAUGUGAGCAUGCAGUAUUCACACUAGUACUGUAUACCAUCUAUGCGGCUACCCCAGGACCACUCGAAUCAUUCCCCCGGUAGUCCUUGCCCCAUACUUAUGUGCAUGUCAUGCACAUUGCACACCCAC